AUGCAUCCCGCUCGUAAGAGAAGCCAAAGACACGCCAAACUUUCCAAAGAAGCCAACCCCGUUAUUGAAUUCGAUCCAGAAGAGCGUGAAAACUAUCUGAAAGCCCAGAGCAAGCGGCGGAUCACAGCUCGCAGGAAACGAAAGCUUCAAGAGGAAGAAGAGAAGCGCGAAUCACAACGCCAGAAGAACCGAGAGCACAAACAAAGACAGAAAGACCAAGCCGAGCUAGCCCAAAGAGUUCGAGAAGCCGCUAUCAAGAAAGAAGAGACCCAAACUCAAAUCGGCAACUCAAUUGUCACCAUAAAAGAGCUAUAA